AUGAUCGGUCGAAUAUUGAUGAUAGUUGCAUGCAUUGAUCGAUAUGCACUAUGUUCAAAUUAUCAACGAUUUCGUUCACUAAACAAUCCAAAAGUGGCACUUCGUAUUAUUAUUGGAAUUGUAAUUGCAUGGCCCUGUAUUAAUAUAUAUAUUCCAUUUGUAAUGACAUUCACUGGAAAUAAUUGUCUUAUGCUUGGUUCAACUGCUCUUAUAUGGGCUAUUUAUACUGUUGUAUUACCAGGCAUCAUUACACCAGUUUCAAUGAGCAUAUUUAGUUUAUUGGCUAUUCACAAUCGUCGUCGAUUACAGGGACGACUCAAUAGCAAAAAAACUUAUGGUAACAAACGUGAAUAUACACUUAUGGUUAUGUUGUUGAGUGAAGUAUUGGUUUAUGUCAUAUCGACGAGUCUCUUUCCAGCAACAACUCUAUACAAAGCUGUCACAGCUAACAUAGUUAAAAGUGUUCAAAGGCAACAAAUUGAAAAUUUCAUUAUAUUUUUUGGCAAUAGCUUUCUAUUAUUUAUUAAUCCAUCUGCAACAUUCUAUAUCUUUAUUAUAGCUUCACAUAGCUACCGACAAGAAUGCAAGAGAGUAUUCUUAGGUUUAUACAUGCGUGUAACUGGGCGUAUGAAUAAAGUAGCAACAAUAGCAACAACAAACACAUUGAUAAAUCGAUAA